UAUAUAUACCGCUUUGAAAAGAUGUCUGACGCGUAUGACCAGAAAUUCCCCCAGCCUAAACUGAACCAAGAACACACCAAGGGGAGAUUUAAGAAUCACGUCGCUGUUAUCACUGGUGGCGCGUCCGGCAUCGCUCGGGAAUGUGUGAAGCGUUUCGCCAGUGACGGCGCUUCCGUGGCGUUUAUCGACAUCAACCAAGAUGGAGGGAAGGUUUUAGAGACAGAGCUACGCGCGGCAGGGUACGACGUUACGUUUCACUACCUUGACGUGUCGAACAGGGACACGUGCUUUGAGACUGCGACGAAGAUCGCGGAUGCGUAUGGAGGGUGUAUUAACUACGUGGUGAAUUCUGCGGUGUUUUUUGGAUCCAAAGCGCUUGAUGCAGAAAAAGACGACUGGCAGAAGACGAUGAGUGUCAACGUCCAGGGCGUGGCUAACAUGGUCCAGGCUUGCCAUCCGCAUAUGAAGAAAGCCUCCGAGGGCGACCGCGCCAUAGUAAAUAUCGGCAGUAUCUCCAGUCACAUCGCCCAAGUGACCAGAUGGACAUACGCGUCCAGUAAGGGGGCCAUCCUGCAGAUGUCCCGGUGUAUGGCACUUGAUCUCUCUAAUGACGGUAUACGAGUUAACACAGUGUCUCCGGGAUGGAUUUGGUCACCAGAGUCUGCUAAGGGCGUCAACUUCGACAAGGCAAAAUGGAACCCUAUCUGGGGCAAAUUCGAUAUGCUCAGCCGCGUUGGUGAAAUGGCCGAGGUGGCUGCCACCGUGGCUUUCCUGUGCAGCCGUGACGCUUCUUUUGUGACGGGGUCCGACGUUGCCGUGGACGGAGGCUACAUGACCAUGGGACCCGAGAGACACGGCCUGGACGGGUCAACUGCGUCGUGGUAGGAAAUUAUUUUCUGACCCCGACGGAUGCGGCCCGGAGGGUCUCCUGCCCUCUUGGUUGGCGCCAUUGUAAGAAAAGUGCAAUGAACAAAAAUUCUGGGGAAUUCGAGACCAAAUAGUCGAAAGGAAAACCAUUAUCCUAGGUUGCCCAUAACAGAAGGGUAGCAGAAACAAGUGUUCAUUUUGACAAAGGGUUAGAUCAAUUCACAUUGCAUUCCAUUAGUGAUUUAGCAGUUUGGAGAAAUCGAACGAUCUGACAACUGUGCCAGUUCAAGGUAGUAGCUAGGGUUGUAUGU